UGUCUGUGAUGAAAUCCCCGACUGUUUCGUUGCUGUUGCUGCUGCAGCUGCUACUUCUGUCUCGGCACAAGCGAAGGGAAUCUGUCGUGACCUCCCGCACGUGAGGACUAGAACCGCAGAGGAGGACGCGCGGAGCGGGAGUGAAAGGGAGCAGCGCCGGGGCGCAGUAGGAGUCAGGUGGUGGUGGUGGUGGUGCUGCUGCUGCUGCUGGAUGAGAGGCUGACUAGGCAUUUCUCCCCGGUGACAGAGACUAUCUCAGCGCCGCAUCUUCUCGCAUCCUCCGCCCUCCUCCUCCUCCUCCUCCUCCUCUCCCGCUGCUCUCCACGGCUACAGCAGCAGCAUCUCUCCUCUCCUCCUCCUCCUCCUCCGACCAUGGCCCUGGUGACACUGCAGCGCUCCCCCACUCCCAGUGCAGCGUCCUCGGCCAGCACGACCAACAGCAGCGCGGGGGAGGAUUUUGGAAGCGACGAUGACCGGAAAACGAAUCAAAGUCUCAGUGAGAGCUUCUUCAUGGUCAAAGGUGCUGCCCUCUUCCUCCAGCAGGGCGGCAACACAGAAGAACCAAAGACACCAACCCACCACAAACAUGCAGGUGAUUUACCGCAGCACCUGCAGGUCAUGUUCAAGAUCCUCCGGUCUGAAGAUCGCAUUAAACUGGCUGUACGGUUAGAGAGCGGCUGGUCAGACCGUGUGCGCUACAUGGUCGUCAUCUACACCAGCGGUCAUCAAGACACAGAGGAAAACAUCGUCCUGGGAAUGGACUUCACAGACAAGGACAGUAAAAAUUGUUCAAUCGGGAUGGUGCUGCCACUGUGGAGUGACACCAACAUACAUUUAGACGGAGACGGAGGUUUCAGCGUGAACACAGCGGGGCGGUCCCAUGUCUUCAAGCCUGUGUCUGUGCAGGCCAUGUGGUCUGCCCUGCAGGUGCUACACAAAGCGUGCGAGGUGUCGCGGCGGUUCAACUAUUUCCCAGGCGGCAUUGCUCUCACGUGGAUGGCUUUCUACGAGAGCUGCAUCACCUCCGAGCAGAGCUUCAUCAACGAGUGGAACGCCAUGACUGACCUGGAGACGACGCGGCCCGAUUCACCCAGCAUGUUUGUCGACCGGCCAACAGAGCGAGAGAGAACUGAGUGCCUUAUUAAAGCCAAGUUACGCAACAUCAUGAUGUUUCAAGACCUGGAGAACAUCACGUCCAAGGAGAUCCGUAACGAGCUGGAGCAGCACAUGAGCUGUAACCUGAAAGAGUACAAGGAGUUCAUAGACAACGAGAUGCUUCUCAUCCUGGGUCAGAUGGACAAAGCCACGCUUAUCUUUGACCAUGUGUACUUAGGCUCUGAGUGGAACGCUUCAAACCUCGAAGAGCUACGUGACUGUGGAGUGGGCUACAUCCUGAACGUUACCAGAGAGAUCGACAACUUCUUCCCAGGCAUGUUCUCAUAUCAUAAUGUCCGCGUGUACGACGAGGACGCUACGGACCUGCUGGCCCACUGGAACGACACCUACAACUUUAUCGUCAAAGCAAGGAAGAACAAUUCCAAGUGCCUGGUGCACUGUAAGAUGGGGGUGAGUCGCUCGGCCUCAACAGUGAUUGCUUAUGCAAUGAAGGAGUACGGCUGGUCUCUGGAGAAAGCCUACAACUUUGUCAAGCAGAAGCGGAGCAUAGCUCAGCCCAACUCUGGCUUCAUGAGACAGCUGGCGGAGUACGAGGGAAUCCUGGACGCCAGCAAACAGCGUCACAACAAGCUGUGGAGGCCUGAAACGGACGAGGAGGGAUCGGACGGUCUGCAGGCCUCUGGCCACAGCACGGGUGGAGAAGAGACGCCAGUGCUCAGAGAAGAUGAAGCCUGGGGAGGCUGUGGUGCAUCUCCCUGCAGGGGUAUGGGUUUGGAGAUGGAGCCCCUCGACUCUCUUAAUUAUAAUUACUAUUUUAGACGUUUGUCGGACUCUGCCUUAGACAGUGAGCCCUCCACCCCAGUGCGUGGCCCCCCGCUGCUUGGUAUGGAAAGAGUUUUCAUAGAGAUUGAAGACGUGGAGAGAGACGCACUGUUGGAGGACGAGGGGUUCCCCAUGGCACAUUUGGCUCUGCCCGGCGAGGGCACAGCAGCCCAGACGUGCGGACGCCUUGACCCUCUGGAGGACAUGAGGCUGAGACUUGAGUUCAGUACGCUGGAGGAGGAGGACGAGGAAGAGGCGAAGAAAGAGGAAGCUGAGAUGGCGGCGCUGGCUCAGACUCCUGGAAACUCGGAGUCGGAGCAGACGGAGGAAAGCCGGUUAGGUCUCGCAAACCUGAACACCAACAACAGCAACCGGCUCGCUGCCAAGCGCAGCUGUCCUGCGGCUUUUGACGACAGUGCAAGCACAGGAAACCCUUUGAAGGUGAAGCCGUCCUAUCAGUCCUGUAAAGACUGCCUUCGUCUGCCACAAGGUCGGCGCUGCGAGCGUCCAGCCGGAGGUCGUUCCCACCGCCUUAACCCCUCCCGCCACUGCACUAUCCCUUCCAUAUGCAUAGAUCCGCCGGGGACAAACUUUGCUUCCACGUCACUUCUGCAGUCUCUGGCAGCUCCCGCGGUUGUUGUCCCGCCGAACUUGGUCCAGCCCUGUGCUCACCUUUACCACUGCAUCACAUGUGCCCCGUCUGUCCCACUAGCCAACCGACAGAAAGCGCUCUCGCCCAUGAGCUGUGAGGAGACGUCGCCAGACUGCGGCUCAGCAGAGGCGGAGGACAUGGAUGAACCAACACAUGGGGAGAGCGUGGAAGUGCAAAUAUCCAGAGAGGCUACAGGGGACAUCAGUGCUACUGCGACUGCUGAGGGUUUAAAUUUGCAACCUGCUGAGGCGGUGGAGCUCCAGCUGCCAGGGCCAGGCGUAGCUUUUGGUCUGGACCUCAUGUGACAGACGGCAGUGCAGCUUCAAAACCUGCCAAGUUUGACCAUGGAAGGCCAGCUCUCAGUGGGGCACCUGCCUUAAAGGAGGAGCUGGAAGAGGUGGAGGUUUUACCGCCGCCUCUGCUAAGUACACAAUGAUGGCUGAGGGCCUGCAAAAUGAAGCUCUGUCCUGUUUUGUGUCGUCGUGUCCCCGGCCACUGUUACAAGCUGCAGGUACUUUUGCGUCCACUGGCAUGUAGAGUCAGGUGACGCUGGUUGUUUUUGCAGAAGUCUCGGAUGCUCGUGCUGAGACUGAAGACUUCCUUGUGCCCUUCCUUGCCCCUGACUGAAGCCUGUCCAGUCUCUUCCUCACAAACAGGAUCAUCACACUUCCUCACCGUCCAGUGGAAAUGACCGUCAUGCUGCCAUUUAACCUAUAAGAGACAGGUUUGGUGUCAUCUCGAAGCAGGAAUCGUGCUCUCGGAGAUGCACUUGUGUUCCCGUGCGACUCCUCGUCUGAGCCGUAGUUCACACUUUGAUGUUGGCGGAAAGAAGAACACCUGGAUGAACAUGUUGCUGUUGGUUUGCUGUGUGUUUAUCAAUCGAACUCAAUCGACAGCAUCGAGUGGAGCUCGACAUGGAGCCUGUUUGAUUGCAGUCAGUAUCUCCUCAUGUUACCACAGAUAAACAAAUCUCCCGUUCAGCCUCAAUUGUGUUUUCCCAGCUGCGGCCGUUUCUGCGUCACGUCAGGACAUUUCAUAAUCAUUUGUAAAAAAAAAAUAACAAACAAACAAAAAAGAAGGAUUCAAGCCGUUUUAUGCUCCUUUAAAAAGCGCCAUACCUCGGACCACAAGCAUCACCCGGACUGUUUUGGUCAAACACUGUUUUGUCUCUGCUCAGAGGCUGGUUCGCCCCCUCGCCCUCCUCCACUGACGUUAAUGUAAUUACGUCCUUAAAGUGCUCGGUGUAGCCACACACGACUUUGCAGUAUUACAGCACAUAUCCACAACACUAGGCCAGAAAGCAUUCAAGUCGCCUUUCAUUAUUCUUUUUUUUGAAAUGCCCGAAAACUUCAAAUUGAAUUUGUCCUGAUUGACUUUAACUGACCACAAAUGGCGUCAGUAAACAGGUUGAACUGCACCAAAGUCAUUGUUUUUGCUUGAGUGAAAGAACUUACGACACUGAGGCGUUAAGAAAACACUGAUUAACUUAAAUGAUUUAGUUUCCCACCUUGUUACAAGCCAUGAAUCUGGGUCGUCAUUUAUCACGCAAAGCUUUCAUUGCAAACAUGUUGAACUACCUUUCCCUAAACCCACAAAUAUUUGCAAAGGCACACUCACCGUGUAUAGAUUUAUCACUCGAUCACAACUGUAGUAUCCAUUCACACACUGCACAGGUAUAUUUCACUUGUAUAGCAACGUUAAAUCAGAAUUCAUUUAAGCAGGAAUCGACAAAAGGAGAGUCUCAAAUGUCUUGUUUUUGUCCACAAACCAAAAUGAUUCAGUUUGAAUGA